AUGGGCUCCGUCGCCGCGCCUGCCCCCUUCCACGUGCUGGACGAUGCUCGUCCCGACGACCGGUCGCUGCCGGCCUUCAUGGUGUCCACCACGCGCGGCUUCCUGCCGCGCAUGGACCCCGUCGUCACGCUGCCCCCGGAGUUCGCGGCCCUCGAGUCGCUGCUCCAGCGCAUGCCGGUCAAGACGCUGUCCGGCGAGCCGGGCCUGCUGGCCGGCAGCAAGCUGGGCGGCGUGGUGGACAGCGAGUUCCCGGACCUGACGGACCACAUGGAAAAGUACAAGCACGACCUGCCCGUCAUGAACGCCCUGUACCGCGACUACUCCUUCCUGGCGUCUGCGUACCUGCUGGAGCCUUGCCACGAGCGCUUCGUCCGGGGCGAGGAGUACGGGCUGGGCAGGCAGGUUCUGCCGAGGAACAUUGCGCGGCCGAUUGCUCGCUGUGCGGAAAUCGCCGGCUUCCUCCCCUUCAUGGAAUACGCCGGCUCCUACGCCCUGUACAACUACCGUCUCGAGGACCCCUCCCGCGGCCUCGAGUACGACAACCUCCGGCUCAUCCGCGCCUUUGAGCACGGCCUCGACCCAACCUCGUCCGAGGCCGGCUUCGUCCUCGUCCACAUCGACAUGGUCCGCAACUCGGGCCCCCUCGUCGCCGGCACCGUCAAGUGCCUCGACGUCGCCUCGCAGCUGUCCUCGCCGCUCGGCACCCCCGCCCAGCGCGCCGCCUUCAACCAGGGCCUCGGCGAGGUCCUCGCCGCCCUGGUCAAGAUCAACGCCGUCAUGGAGACCAUGUGGGCCAAGUCCCGGCCCACCGAGUACACCAGCUUCCGCACCUUCAUCUUCGGCAUCACCUCGCAGAGCAUGUUCCCCAACGGCGUCGUCUACGAGGGCCUCAACGACGGCGAGCCCCUGUCGUUCCGCGGCGAGAGCGGCGCCAACGACUCCAUGGUGCCCCUCAUGGACAACCUCCUGCAGGUGCCCAUGCCCGACACGCCGCUGACCGAGAUCCUGCGCGACUUCCGCAAGUACCGGCCCAGCAACCACAAGGACUUCCUGCAGCACGUCAAGCACGUCUCCGAGGCGCACGACGUGCGGGGCUUCGCGCUGGCCCUCGACAGGGCCAAGCCCGCCUCCGACGAGGAGAGGGACCUCGUGCGCGAGUCCCGCAGCCUGUGGCUGCAGAUCCUGGACCAGGUGCGCGACUUUCGCUGGCGGCACUGGUGCUUCGCCAGGGAGUACAUCCUCAAGAGGACCUCGCACCCCACGGCCACGGGCGGCAGCCCCAUCGUCACCUGGCUGCCCAACCAGCUCGAGGCGGUGCUGGCCGAGAUGGUCCACAUUGACGAGCUGGCCAGGCGGGACGACGAGCGCGGUCUCGGCAAGGUGUGCGAGCGGGUCAUGGAGGGCGCCCUGCGGCAGCGGGAUACCCUGCGGAAGGAGGUGGAAAAGUACUGCGCCGAGAGGGGUGUUGCCCGGCCGUGA